UCUCGCUGUGACUUCCUCACCGCUAACACAGGUGUGGCUCUGUUCUCCAGCCAGCCGUACACGGCACUUCCUGCACAGGCACCCAGGACGUUCAGACAGUCUGUGAGAGAAGAGCAUUGUGUGCUGUGUGCUGGGCUUUAAGUCUUGGAAAGUGAACUAAGGGAUUCCAGAGGCUUUACCGAGGAGGAACUUCCUGCUGAAGGAGGACCUCCCCCAAAGUUCCGUAUAGCAACCUUGCUCACUGCGAAGUCUACGAACCCCACUCUCACACCUGACAUAUCGCAUCACAAGUAGGCUAACGCAAGCUAGCCAGGCUAGCUAGGCAGGUGGGAUUUUACCGGCUUGACGCAGUCCUGUCCUGCCCCCGACUCCCGGAGCCAUGAACCUGUGCCUGGACAACCCGUACAAAGACGUGACCAUUCCGAGAGCCAAACUGCGGGCCUCCACCAACGACACCUCCACAGUCAUCGCCAACCCUCUGGCCCUCGACAGCGCCCAGUACACCUCGAAAUCCAACCGCAACUCGACGCUCAACCCCUACGGCAACUUCAAGCCCUCCGGCGAGGACCCGUCAGGAGCCGGGCUCGACUCCCAAGCCGGGCCUGACCAGAGCCCCCCGCCCUACCAGGACGGGCUGGGCAUCAACACCGUCAAGGAGGAAGACGAGGAGGUCGGACGCUGCUACACCUGCUGCCGACGCUGCCGCCGGAAGAAGUGAUCUACCCGCCCCCCACCCCCCCCCCCCACCCCUCCCCGGGUGGUUUUCCCAUCAUGCCACUUAGGAUGCUGGGAUUCAGAGGAGCUCUGCAUGGCCAAGUUUUCCCUGCUCCUUUCUGGGAAGUGGACCUCUUCUGGGAAUGCUCUGCUACUCAACAGUCUACUCUGUAAACCGAGCCUGGACCAAUGAGCGCCACACCCUCACGCCCUGAGAACCACCCUAUAAUCAUCGAAUCAAGCCAAAAUGACACGAGGAAAUGAAUUAUUGAUUUACUACAAUAAGUUUGAUUUUGUCAUUGUAUUUUUUUUUGGCCCCCUUCCCAUUUUGGGCCCCGUGUGCCUGAACCGCGAGCCUGCUGUUACCAUCAGGACUUGACCUGGAGCACACUUUCAGUCUCAUCGUGCACCUCACUGGCUUGCUGGGAGUGGCCGCGUUUCCAUGACAACAGGCAGGCACCGCAUAGAACCGAGUUCUCACUCUCAGCCUUACUGGUUUCACCAUGACAGGCUUUGAAGUUCUUUGUCUUUAUUAUAAUGCUGACAAUUCACAUUAAAUGGUUUCAGCUGUGAAAGUGUGUGGAAACUGAAGGGUGGGAUGAGUUUCCAUGAGCCAGGGUAAUCCGUUCCAAUCUGUGAAACACGCCCAACUGCACCAUCCGUUUGGUAUGUAAAUGCAAGGUGGCCACAGCAGGGUUCUGGGCUAACAUUUUUUCCAAGCAGCACAUUUUCAAAGCUGAAAAAUUUAGGAGCACACUAAUGGAUUCCAAUUUGUUGAUGUGCUCCUAAAUAUUUUUUCUGGUUAGCACCCCUCAAUUUCUCGGGGCAAAUGCUCCUAAAAUGGAAGCAUUGUAGAGCCCUGCACAGCGGUGACCCCUGACCUCAUGUCUCAUGUCUGUACAUGGAUAAACCCAGGUCAGGGUUUGGUGCAAUGCUUCUGACCUGUGGUGUAAUAUUGUUCCUGGGUCACCACACUUUUUUAAAACUCAUUUGUUGGUUCUUUAGCAUAGCUACGGAGCAGUUUUACCCAGUCUAAAUCACCCUGCUAAAGGCAUACUUUAGCUGGAUAGACGCAAGUUUCUUGAGAACAGGGGCCCAACAAGCUCUUUAGAAGGGAGGUUGCAAGUCCUCUCUCUGGAUCUGCCUGUUCUGGACUCAUAUUGGACCCUAAAUACACAAGAACUUUUUGGAACUGCCAUUAUGGAAUAAUUUGGUUCUCCUCUGGCAGAACCAGAACCCAGAACUCAGUAUCAUAGGCUUGUGAGUCCUCUCUGGUCACUGGGAUCUAAAGACAUAAGACAUAAAGACACUGUACAUGCAUACUGUACCACUGUUAUUAUUUUGUAUAUAGAAAUCAGCCAAAUAAAAUCAUCAAAUUAACUGAAA